ACAGUCGGGCUGUGAUCAGCGUGAGGAAGAGCACACCGGGAUUAUCAGCAUCGGGAUUAAGAUUAGGAUUAGUGCUGAUCAGGAUGCUGCGCUUUCCGUCGCUGCUUGUCCUCUGGCUCGCGCACUUCGUUGACGAGCAUCGAGUUCACGCUGGGAAUUGUUGGUACGAGCAGGGGAAGAACGGCCGCUGUCAGAUGCUUUACCUGUCUGAAAUGAGCCGAGAGGACUGCUGCAGGAGCGAGAGGCUCGGGAUGGCAUGGACCGAGGAGGACGUUCCCAGCAACACGUUAUUCCGGUGGCUGCUGAUCCACGGCGGCGCGCCAAACUGCAUACCGUGUAAAGAGACGUGUGAUAAUGUGGACUGUGGUCCUGGGAAGAAAUGCAAACUGAACCGAAGGAACAAACCACGCUGCGUGUGCGCUCCAGACUGCUCCAAUAACACUUUUAAAGGCCCGGUGUGCGGCUCGGACGGGACCACAUACCGCAACGAGUGCGCUCUCCGCAGAGCCAAGUGCAGGAGAUACCCCAACCUGGUGGUCCAGUACCAGGGGAAGUGCAAGAAGACGUGUAAUGAUGUUCACUGCCCGGGAAGCUCGUCUUGUGUGGUGGAUCAGAACAACAACGCCUACUGUGUCAUCUGUGAGCGUGUGUGUCCUGAAGUGACUUCACCUGAGCAGUACCUGUGUGGGAACGAUGGCAUUGUUUACCCCAGUGCCUGCCAUCUCAGACGAGCCACGUGCAUUCUGGGAAGGUCCAUCGGUGUCGCCUAUGAGGGCAAGUGCAUAGAUGCCCACUCGUGUGAGGACAUCAGCUGUCCAGACGAAAAGAAGUGUCUGUGGGACACGAGGACGAGUCGUGGACGAUGCGCCGCAUGCGAGAGCGAGUGUCCUGAGAGUCAACCCGGAGAGAGCGUGUGUGCCAGCGACAACGCCACCUACCGCAGUGAGUGUGAGAUGCAUCGGGCCGCCUGCUCGCAAGGCCUCGUCCUCGAGGUCAAACACGCUGGCUCCUGUAACUGCGUCCACCACUGACUCAUCCUUCCAGCCAAACACGGAUCCUGACCUGCGUCAUCACCCGAACCAGGCAACGAAUCAACGUUUCAGAUGUGUUUUUAUGGGAAGGAACAGAAUCGAUCAUAAAAAAAAAAACAAACAUAAAAAACAACAAAAAACUUUUCUUCCCUUCUGAAGCCAUGAGCUCCUGCGCUGCUGUGUUCCUCAACAAGCAGAGAGAAGAUGAAGACGAGGAUUAGGAUGAAGGUAGACGGAUUGUCGUGACUCCGGAGUCAGUAUUCAGACUGUACAGUGACAUACUCGCUAAUUUAUUUUCCAGGAGAAUUUGAAAAAGAAAAAAGUAAAAAAAAAAAAAAAUAGAGGAAGAUUUCAUAUAGCCGUCUUCUAGAUGUUUAUUUAUACGUUACUUUUUAUUUAUACACUUAUAAAACGUCCGACUGAAUUUUAUCUUUUAUCUCGUGUAUAAUAUCCACAGAAAAAAAGCAGCAUUAUUUAUUUAAAAGGUGCAAUGUGAUGUACAGAGAACUGAAACACAUUUUAUUUCCUCCAGCGUCACCCUGUGUGUGUGUGUGUGUGUGUGUGUGUGUGUGUGUAUAUUUCCUUCUUUUUCCAUUUUACUUAUUUAUUUUUUUACUUAUUUACUUUCCAUCUUCUUUCCAUUCUUCAUUCAUUUCUUUUUCCUUUUCUUCUUUUUCCUUCUGUCCAAAUUGUUUUCUUCCUCUUUAGUUUUAAUUUUUUCUUUCCUCUCCUUUUUUCCUACAUUUUUUCUUUCAUUCCUCCAUGUUUCUUUUCUUCUUUUUAUCUAUAUUUUUCAUCCCCCAUCUUUUUGUUGUCUUUUUUAUAGCAUUCGAUUUCUUUCCUCUUACUCACUCACUCACACACUCACUCACUCACACACUCACUCACUCACACUCACUCACUCACACACACACUCACACACACACACACUCACUCACUCACUCACUCACUCACUCACUCACACACACUCACUCACUCACUCACUCACACACACACACACUCAGUCACUCACUCACACACUCACUCACACGCACUCACUCACUCACACACUCACUCACUCAGGCACUCACUCACACACACACACACUCACACUCACUCACUCAAUCACACACACUCACACACACACAAACACACACACACACUCACUCACUCACUCACUCACUCACUCACUCACACACACUAACUCACUCAAUCACUCUGCAGGGUUAUUUCUAUUUUCUUUUAUAUUUACUUCAUAUUUCUCUAAUUUAGUUUUUUUUUUUGCUUUCUUUCCUCUUUCAAUUACUCCUUUCCUUCUUGUCUUUAUUUUUUACUUUCUUGUCCUUUUCUUAUUUUAUUCAUUCUUUUAAUCUUUAUGCUCCAUUUCUUUCUUUUACUUUUAUAGCUUUUUUGUGUCCCAAACAAUAUUUUUGUUCUGUAGCUGUGUGUGUGUGUGUGUGUGUGUGUGUGUGUGUAGCUCACUAAUAAAUGCAUCUGGUUUUGUUUACACUCCGAGCUGGUCUGUAAUUAAACUCUUUAUAAGCGCUCUGUUUGCUUUUUUCCACACAGAGACGCUUUUUCAUGUGAAAUAAAUAAUGUGACGCCGUUUAAAACAUUAAACAUGUGGGUUGUUUUUUCUGCAUCUGUUCGGAUGAAGGAUUUUUGUUAAUGUAUUAAAAAUGUGCCAUAAUACACACUUGGAAGCUUUUAGGUUUUUUUUUAUUAUUUUUUGUUUGGCGCUCAGUUUUAUUCCAGAAUGUAAAUGAACUUCUU